GGGUAGACACGGAAAGGCGCACCUUCCAACGGCUGGGAAUAAGUGUUUCUACCUGAAGAGCAGAACUUAAUUUGGGUUCAGAAUGUCGCACCUCGCUUUUUUGGUCCUUUUGGGGGCAGGACUGAUGGUGAACUCUGAAAAGCACUCCCUCACUUACAUCUACACGGCCUUCUCCAAGCCAGUGGGUCUACCGGGGUUGCACGAGUUCACUGCCAUGGGAUUAUUGGACAACCGGAUGAUUGACUACUUCGACAGUGAUAACCAAGAAAAAGUUCCCAAGCAGGACUGGAUGAGAGAGCAUCUUGAAAAAGAGUACUGGGAAAAAGGCACCCAGUCCAGAAAGAGCAAGCAGCAAUGGUUCAAGGUCAACAUCGACAUAUUGAUGAAACGAAUGAGACAGAAUGACACGGAUACUCAUGUUCUGCAGUGGAUGCACGGCUGUGAGGGUGAAACUAAUGAUGAUGGCACGAUGAUGUUUGUCCGUGGGAUGGACAUGUACAAUUAUGACGGAAACGACUUCCUGGCCUUCGACGACAACCACCAGAUUUGGGUUGCUGCAGCUACGGCAGCAGAAGAAACCAAGAGGAAGUGGGAUGAAGUCCAGGUCCUGAAGGAAUACACCAAGGGCUACCUGGAGAAGGAGUGUAUGGAAUGGAUGAACAAAUUUAGAGACUUUGGGCAAGAGCAGCUUAAAAGUGCCUCUCGACCUAAAGUGCACUUGUUCACACGUACGGCCAAAGCUGACACAAACAUCAUCUUGACAUGUCUGGCCACGGGCUUCUAUCCAAAAGACAUCAUCAUGCAGAUCAAAAGAAACGGGCGUGUCCUGACUAAAGAGGACGGGGUGGAGACCACUGAUGUUCGCCCAAAUAAUGACAACACCUUCCAGAGAAAGGACCAUGUAGAGAUUUUGAAGUCUGAUGUUUCCACUUACACCUGUGAAGUCAAUCAUCCUGCCUCUCGUCUUCAUGUUGAAGAGAAGUGGGAUCACGCUCCUUUCGAAAAUGAGGGAAAUGCAGCCCUAAUUGGUGGUGUUAUUGUCGGGGUUGUAUUUGUGGCCGUUGCUGUGACACUUCUUGUCCUCAAACUGAAGACAAAACAACUCGAUUGCCCUGACAAUAAAUCCUCUAAUUCAAGUCUAAGUUCUGUGACCUCCUCUGAGUCAGAUAAACCAGUACCUGGCGCAAAUGCACCUGAUAUGGAGAAGCCCCUCCUUGGAGAAUCAAAUUCAUCUCUCUACACUGAUUCCUCUAAAAACAAAUCCUCUAAUCCAAGUCUAAGUUCUGGGAUCUCCUCUGAGUCAGGUCUAAGUUCUGGGAUCUCCUCUGGGUCAGGCAGUAAUACUGGUAAGGGGAAUUCAUCUAAUAAAAAAGGCAAAAUCUCUGAUGCAAAUACACCUGAAGUGAGGAUGUCUCUACUUGGUGAUGGUCUAAGUUCUGGGAUCUCCUCUGGGUCAGUCUCUGAUGCAAAUACACCUGAAGUGAGGAUGUCUCUACUUGGUGAUGGUCUAAGUUCUGGGAUCUCCUCUGGGUCAGGCAGUAAUACUGGUAAGGGGAAUUCAUCUAAUAAAAAAGACAAAAUCUCUGAUGCAAAUACACCUGAAGUGAGGAUGUCUCUACUUGGUGAUGGUCUAAGUUCUGGGAUCUCCUCUGGGUCAGUCUCUGAUGCAAAUACACCUGAAGUGAGGAUGUCUCUACUUGGUGAUGAUUCAUCCCACGACUCUGGUGCUGAAGUGGCCCCAUCCCCUAGUCACAGCAAUGAAGAAGAGUCACGAGCCACUGAAUAAUUAGUUGUCCAAGUUGUUUGGAACAAGAUAUACCAGGAUACAUAAAAUAAUCAUCACAUUACAUGAUAGAGAAAAACUAAUUUGUCACUGACCUACAAUCACCUUCUUCCAAAAACUGAAUGUGGGCUAAUUUAGUUCCUGCUUCAUGUGUAACACUGAAUGUCUCCAGUACCCCACAAACAAACAAACUAAUCUAAACCUCAUAGAAAUUGUGAAACUGAGAUGAGCUUUUUUUAUUCGGAGCAAAGACAUCAGAAAUAAGCUUUGUUCCUCAGUGUGACCUAUAAAAUCUGACACUAAAAUCGGUCUGAUGAAUGAGGAAAUAUGAAUUCUUCAGACUGACUUCAUGAAGCCCAUGUAUGUAUGUUUGGGAAAACAAACUGAGAAUGCUAAGAAUAAACCAGUCAUUAAGCUACUUGUGAAUAGUAAAGAGGUUUUUGUCAGUUUAGUUGAGCUGCCUCUUAACUGUAGUAACUGGUGGAAGGGAACAUUUACACUGUGAUGUUUUAAUAUGUAAUGUCGUUUUUUUCCUUCCAACAAAUCUGCUGAAACUCCUCAAUGAUAAUUGCAAAGUAUUAAAAAAAAAUACUUAAGAAGGAAAAGAGAGAUUGAAAGACUUCCAAAUAAUGCAAUGUACUGCAAUAUGAGUUAUUUUUGUAAACUAAUAAAUGAAACUCAUGGUUUGAAAACAUAUUGGGUUAACUGAGAAAAAUGUAAUCAUUAAAGGAUUGACACUACAUAUGCUAUUUGCACUCAUCUAUGAAUUAGGGGAUUUUAGUUCAGCUCUUUAAAUAUAUUAAAAUUUUUACAAUGUUGAAAACUAGAUAUUCAAAACAAAUUGAUUUACUUCAUAAAUAAAUGCUCUUCUUUUUAACAUUUACUUCAAUGGAUUGAUUAUUUUCAAAGCUUUAUUACUUUUUGUAAUCUCUAUUAAUGUAAUACAAGAUUGCUUUCUUAAAAGUUUUUGUUCUGGUUUUUGUUCUUUGUUUUGCUUGUCAAUUAAGUCUUUGUGGGUUUUUGCUCUAAAGUUCAAUAAUAAAUGGCUAAAUAAUAAUAUUUCUACUGUAGUUUGCACUUCUGGUACAAAGAUUACAGAAACAUAUUAUGGUAUGGGAUAAAGUUUUAUUCUUUAUGUUGUAUUGUGACAAUGUAAGCAAAAAAGAUGCAAUUUUUAAAUAAAGGCCCUGUAUUCUUUAA